AUGGCAUCAACAGCUGGAAACUCUGGAUGGUUUAGGGGGACGGUGAAAGCUGUUCCAUCCGGUGACAGCUUGGUGAUAGUGGGAGGUAGCAAGGCAGAGAUUCCCCCAGAGAAAACAAUCACUUUGUCAUCUCUGAUAGCACCUAAAUUGGCUCGAAGAGGCAGUAUUGAUGAGCCUUUUGCAUGGGGGAGCAGAGAGUUUUUAAGGAAGCUUUGUAUUGGGAAGGAUGUUAAAUUCAAAGUGGAUUACACUGUACCAUCCAUAGGCCGAGAAUUUGGAUCUGUUGUCUUUUCCAGUGAUGAUACGAAUAUCUCCUUUCUGGUUGUUGCAGCAGGCUGGGCUAAGGUUAGAGAUCAAGGUCAACAAAAAGGAGAAGUUAGUCCUUUUUUAUCUGAGUUACUACGUCUCGAAGAGCAAGCCAAGCAACAAGGUCUAGGUCGUUGGAACAGAGAUCCAGGUGCUUCUGAGGCAUCUAUUAGGAACCUGCCUCCGUCAGCCAUUGGAGAUUCUGGCAAUUUUGAUGCUAUGGGCCUCUUGGCCACGAACAAAGGUAGUCCUAUGGAGGUUAUUGUAGAGCAGGUCCGAGAUGGGAGCACACUUCGUGUUUAUUUGCUUCCAAGUUUUCAGUUUGUCCAAGUAUUUGUUGCGGGAAUUCAGUCCCCUUCUAUGGGCAGAAGGACUGCAUCCGAAGUUGUUAUUGAAACUGAAAUAUCCUCUGAUGAGCCAAAUGAUGAUUCUUCAACUGAACCUCGUGCCCCGCUGACAUCGGCACAAAGACUUGCUGCUGCUUCUGCAUCUGGUACUGAAGUUGCGCCUGAUCCAUUUGGGAGGGAAGCCAAACAUUUUACUGAGAUUCGUGUUUUGAAUAGAGAAGUCAGGAUUGUUUUGGAGGGCGUUGACAAAUUUAGCAAUCUAAUUGGUUCAGUGUAUUAUUCAGAUGGUGAAUCAGCUAAGGACCUGGCAUUGGAACUUGUUGAAACUGGUUUAGCUAAAUAUGUAGAGUGGAGUGCAAGUUUGCUGGAAGACGAUGUCAAGCGGAGGUUGAAGAAUGCUGAACUUCUAGCCAAGAAGAGUCGAUUGAGAAUGUGGACAAACUACGUCCCCCCGGCCACAAACUCAAAGGCCAUUCACGACCAGAACUUUACAGGAAAGGUAAUUGAGGUUGUUAGUGGGGAUUGCAUAAUUGUUGCUGACGACUCUUUGCCAUUUGGAGAUCCAUCUGCAGAGCGGCGUAUCAAUCUCUCAAGUAUUAGGUGCCCUAAAAUGGGUAACCCUCGUAGAGAUGAAAAACCUGCUCCUUAUGCUCGCGAAGCAAAGGAAUUUCUGAGAAAUCGUCUAAUUGGCCGUCAAGUGCAAGUUUCUAUGGAAUAUUCAAGGAAGGUCAGUAUGGCAGAUGGACCUGUUGCUGCAUCUGGGGCAACUGAUUCGAGAGUGAUGGAUUUUGGAUCUAUCUUCCUUGUUAAUCCAGCUAAGGAUGGAGAUGGUACUGCAACUGCUGCUGGAAGUCAGCAGACGGGUGCAAAUAUUGCUGAGCUUUUGGUUGCCCGUGGCUUUGCGAAUGUAAUCAGGCACCGAGAUUUUGAGGAGAGAUCAAACUACUAUGAUGCCCUUCUGGCUGCUGAAUCACGUGCUAUUGCUGGCAAGAAGGGUAUGCAUUCGGCCAAAGACCCUCCCGUGGUGCACAUAACGGACCUGCUGACUGCUUCUGCAAAGAAAGCGAGAGACUUCUUGCCGUUUUUACAACGCAAUAGGAGGAUGACUGCAGUUGUCGAAUACGUUCUUAGUGGUCAUCGGUUUAAACUGUCUAUCCCCAAGGAAACAUGCAGUAUUGCUUUCUCGUUCUCUGGUGUUAGAUGUCCAGGUCGCGAUGAACAGUAUUCUGAUGAGGCCAUUGCACUUAUGAGGCGGAAGAUAAUGCAGAGGGAUGUUGAGAUUGAAGUAGAAACUGUUGACAGAACUGGAACUUUCUUGGGGACAUUGUGGGAGGCCAGAACCAACGUGGCAGUCACGAUUUUGGAAGCAGGAUUGGCGAAGCUUCAAACUUCUUUUGGCACUGACAGGAUCCCUGACGCUCACCUUUUGGUACAGGCUGAGCAGUCAGCAAAAAUGAAGAAGUUGAAGAUCUGGGAGAAUUACGUUGAAGGAGGAGAUGUUUCUAACGGUACAUCUGUUGAAAGACGUCAGAAAGAAGAGCUUAAGGUGAUGGUUACUGAAGUUUUGGGAGGUGGUCAAUUUUAUGUCCAAUCAGUUGUUGAUCAGAAAGUGGCCGCCAUCCAGAAGCAGCUUGCUUCCUUAAACCUUCAAGAAGCUCCUGUACUUGGUGCCUUCAAUCCGAAAAAGGGUGACAUAGUUCUUGCUCAGUUUAGUGCCGAUAAUUCUUGGAACCGUGCAAUGAUUGUAAAUGCUCCUCGAGGUGUUGUGGAGUCUUCAAAUGACAAGUUUGAGGUGUUUUACAUCGAUUAUGGAAACCAAGAAGCAGUUACUUUCAGUCAGCUGCGUCCUAUUGAUCCUUCAGUAUCCUCCGCCCCGGGCCUGGCUCAGCUUUGCAGUCUUGCAUAUCUCAAGGUUCCAACCGUGGAGGAGGAUUAUGGUCAAGAAGCAGCUUUUCGCCUGAGUGAACACUUGCUAAGUGGUCCAAAAGAGUUCAAGGCCAUAAUUGAAGAAAGGGACACAUCAGGUGGCAAAGUUAAAGGGCAAGGAACUGGUACCAUAUUCAUGGUGACUUUGGUUGAUCCAGAAGCUGACAUCAGCAUAAAUGCUACCAUGCUACAGGAUGGACUUGCGAGGUUGGAGAAAAGGAAGAGAUGGGAGCCCAAAGAUAGGCAGCUGGCUAUGGAUGAGCUAGAAAAAUUCCAGACAGAAGCACGAGACAAGAGACUCGGCAUGUGGGAAUAUGGUGAUAUUGAGUCAGAUGAUGAGGACUCAGCACCACCUCAGAGGAAAGCUGCUGGAAAGCGUUGA